AUGUUCUUCAUGUCCGGCGAGGUCCCUGAGUAUUGGAAGUCCCAAGUAGUAAUCCCAAUCUUGAAGUCAGGCAAAGAUCCUCGCCAAGCAUCUUUCUACCGCCCUAUCGCAUUAUCUGCAAUUAUAGGAAAGAUUUUUGAACACUUGGUGAAGCACAGAUUGGAAUGGUUGGUUGAGAGUAAAGGAAUCCUAGCUAAUACCCAAUUUGGAUUCCGCAAGGGAAGAAGUACCUUGGACAGCUUAACCAUUUUAACUUCAGAUAUAAGACUGGCCCUCUCUAAGAAACAGCAACUUGUUGGGUGCUUCCUAGAUAUCUCAUCUGCUUACGACAAUGUGCAACUCCCUCUGCUCAGAGCAAAACUGCUACAGCUGAGCAUACCUGCGAGAAUUGUACAAAUUGUCUGCAGGUUGUUCAUGGGAAGAAUCAUUAAAAUUAGAACUGGGAAUACCUUCCACCCACCUUUAACAGUAUGGCAAGGCCUCCCCCAAGGCUCCGUCCUCAGCCCUCUUCUAUAUAACCUGUAUACAUUUGAUGUUGAGCAAUCUGUCCUCCCCUUCUGCAACAUCCUGCAAUAUGCCGAUGACUUGGUUGUCUAUACUGCAGUUCACAAUUUAGAUGAUGCAUAUUCUAGAUUGAAUGAGGCCCUGGUGUACCUCAAAGACUGGUUGGAUGAGCAUGGAGUGUAUUCAAAUUCCUCCUCCGAAAUCUCCGCCGAAAGCUUCGAGCUUUUCUUCAAGCUCUUCUUCCAGCUCUUCUUCCAGCUCUUCUUCCGGCUCUUCUUCCAGCUCUUCCUCGAGCAGUUCAGAAGAUUCCGAAGACGAUUCCAACCAAGUCCGAGUGAAGAAGUGUAUAAUGUUAUCGACAACUAUCCGAACACUGAACAAAUCGAAAUACCUUCCUCAUGCAACUCCGUUGCUGAUAGUGAGGAGGAUGACAACACAAAUACUCAAUUGAGCUCAACUGUGAACGAUAAACGAGCUCGGCAGGGUAAACCGAACAUCAAUAUUGUUCCUUACUCUUCCACUGACGACUCUUCCAGUUCAGAUAGCGAUACCACUCCUUCAAAUGGAUGUCAUAAUAAUGAAAAUGAUACAACUGGAUCUAACAUUGCCGAAAAUAACGAGCCUUCUUGUAAUAAUAAAGGGACACGAAAAAGAAAAGCGGCACCUGAGAGUUGGAUUCGCAACACAGCCAAGAGACUGAAAAAUAAUGGUAAGUCGUAUACUUCAAGAUCGAACCGUAUUGUACCUGAGAAAACAUUGAAACCACCCUGUACUAUAAAAUGUAAGCGAAAUUGUACCCAAAUCUUCACCGAAACUCAACGCAAAAUAAUCUUUGAAAAUUACUGGGAAAUGGGUGACUUGCAGCGACAACGUGAGUACAUUUUACGGCAUAUUUCUCCUAUCUACCCAAAAUACUCGUACAAAGUUCACAACAGCAACCGUGGUCACAAUAAUGCAUUCUAUUUCACUGUAAAUCAGCAGAGGAUAAGGGUGUGCAAGACAUUUUUCAAGGCCACAUUAGAUAUCACAGAUCGUGUCAUCAGAACUGUAAUACAAAAAACUGAGGAUGAAAAUGACAGUUGUGUUUUAUCUUUAGAUCAACGUGGUAAGCACACAAAUCACAAAACCGUUGACCCGGAAAUUAAAGACAGCGUGCGGGAGCACAUUAAUAGAAUCCCUAGAGUAGAAAGCCAUUACUGUCGUGCUUGCACUACAAAAGAGUAUAUCGAUGGAGGCAAAAGUAUCGCGGACUUACAUCGGGAUUAUACUAAAGAACGAGAAUUGAAAAAUCUUCCUUAUGCGAACUAUUUAAUGUAUAAUCAUAUUUUUAACGAACACAAUAUUUCAUUUUAUCAGCCCAAAAAAGACCAAUGUGAGGAUUGCGUUUCUUAUGCGAACUCAACAGAGGCGGAAAAAGCAAAAAAUAAAGAUAAAUUUGAUACUCAUAUAAAUGAAAAAAUGCUAGCGCGAUCUGAAAAGGAUAAAGAUAAAAAAUAUAGUUCCAAUACUACUAUAGUGUGCGUCUACGAUCUUCAAGCAACGAUGCCGUGCCCAAAAGGGGACGUUUCCACAUUUUAUUAUCUUUCGAAACUGAAUGUUUACAAUUUCACAAUCUGCAACAUGAAGGAUAACAAUGUGUCUUGCUAUGUAUGGCAUGAGGGCGAAGCUAGGCGCGGAGUUGCAGAAAUUGGAACUUGUGUUAUGAAAUACAUAGAAGAUCUCAAAGUUAAGGCAAUUCAACUUAAAUCUAAACUUGAUGUCAUAUUUUAUUCUGACAACUGCACUGGCCAACAUAAAAACCACUUUAUGAUCGCACUUUACGUAUAUGUUGUUAAUAAUUUUGAGCACAUAAAUUCCAUAACACACAAAUUUUUGAUCAAAGGGCACACUCAAAAUGAGGGUGAUAGUGCUCACUCAGUUAUAGAAAGGAAUAACCAGGAGUUCGAGAAACAACAAUGA